GUGCGCUUCCACAUAGUGGCGAUGCAUGAGCUGUGCGAGUACCCCAAGGGCGAGGGCUUCAGCGACGGCUUUGACGCGCACCUCAACAUCGAGCAGAUGAACAAGGCCUGCGUGGACCUCUUCCACAUGUACCACGACCGACGGGCGGAGAUGGUGCGCGCGCACGCCAGGGCCAGCGAGGGCGGGGAGGCAGAGGAGGAGGAGGAGGCGGAGUGGGCGGCGUGUUUGGGGCGGGAGGCGGAGCUGCGAGGGUACUACUUGCUGCUCAAGAUCGACCGCCACCCGGGCUUCAACGUUGAGCCUGCAGAGUUCGCCAGGGAGCUCUCCCUCCUCCCCCACAGCGUCAGGAGCAGCCCCGAAGUUGUCUUCGCUCGCUGCGUCGCAAGGGCGUGCCGCACGCACAACUUUGUGGUGUUCUUCCGCUUGGCUCGCCAGGCGUCGUACCUGCAGGCGUGCCUCAUGCACGCGCACUUCAGCAAGAUGCGCUCCCAGGCGCUCUCAGCGGUGUACGCCUCCAUAGCCAAGGGGCAGCAGCUGCCGGCACACACUCUCGCGCACUGGCUCGGCAUGGAGCAAGAGCCUGAGAAGCUCCAGGCACUCUUGGAGCACCACGGCUUGGCUCUGCACCCCUCCUCGGACCCACACACAGAUACCACCUGCCUAGAUACAGCCUCCCACGGGCCAUCGCUGCUAGCUGGCAGCUGUCUGGUGAAGGGCGCUCCCCUGCAACAGGCUGGGACCCCCCUCCCCCCCUCCUCCUCCGCCCUAGUGCGGAGCAAACAGAGCAGAUUCAUUGAUGACGCCAUUGCUGAGGUCAGCAGUGGGGGAGGGGGUGUGAUAGGGGAGAGGGCGCAGCAGCAGGGGCUGGUGGGGCAAGUGGGGGGGCAACAGCAAGGGGAGGAGCAGCGGAGGCGGCAGCUGGUGUUGCUGCGUCAGCAGCAGCAGCAGCAGCAGCAGCAGCAGCAGCAGCAGCAGCAGCAACAGCAGCAGCAGCAGCAGCAGCAGCGACUGAUGAUGGAGCAAAGGAGAAGAGAGGAGCAGAUCAAGGCAAUGGAGGAGAAGCAGCGGGCGCUGGAGAGGGAGAUGGCACGAGAGCGGGAGCGAGUGAGAGAGCUGGAAAGAAAGGCUGCGAUGCAGGCACAGGCGAAGAGGCAGGAGGACGAGAGGAGGGCGAGAGAAGAGGAGGCGAGGCGGCAGAGGGAGAUGGCAGCAGAGGGGGCGAGGCGGGAGGAGGAGAGGAAGGAGCAGGUGAGGCGAGAGAGAGAACGGAAGGAGAUGGAGAUGAGGGAGAGGAUUCUGCAGGAGAGAGCGAGGGUGGAGAGGGAGAGGAGAGAAGCAGUGCAGAGGGAGAGGGAGAGGGAGGAGAGCAAGAGGAGGGAGCAGGAGAGGAGGGAGAGGGAGAGGCAGCAGCAGGAGGAGGAGGAGAAGCGGAGGAGGGCAAGGGAGCAGCAGGAGAGGGAGAGGGUGGCGCUGGAGGAGGUGGCGUGCAAGGCGCGGAGGGUGUGGCUGCGGCACGUUGCCGGGCGCUGGAGGCGGAACGCUGCCCAGCAGGGGCAGCUGCGGCGGCUGCGCCAGCUGGCAGUCAGCGAUUGGCAGCUGGAGGGGUCUAUAGCUUCGCAGCCUACUGUAAUAGCGCCCAAGCAACCGGCGCACAAGCGGUUACGGGGUGCAGCAACGUGGGGAGUGCGGGCAGCAGGCAGGCCCGAUGGCGACGGCGGGUCGGCACCCGAGCAGCUGCCCCGCCAGGCAGCACGUGGCGGCCGCGCCUCACCUUGGAGCGGGGCAGGCUUCGCUGCUCCCGAUCCUCUGGACAUGGCGCGGCUGGUGGGCGGGCGGCUCGCCGCCAGAAGGGGGACACCCAAGCCAAGGCGCCCGCUUGAUGCGUCAUCGUGCCGGGUUGUUUCAUGGAAGCUUCUCGUCUGCUGGCCGGAGCUUGAGCAGCCGGGCGCAUCGUCGCGAAUCCAGGAUGCCACAGCAUGGCUGUGCAGCAAGCUGUCUGCCCCCUCCCAUGCAGCCAACGCCCUCCAGCACUGCACACCACCUCACAGCACCACAGCAGGUGGCCCUCCCCCCACCACACAACCCGCCGCCUCACCUGCAGGGGAUCCAUCUCUGCUCGCCUGCUAUGUGGCUCCCAUGCCGCCUGCCACUGUGCGGGGGACAACAGCACAGUUGCCAGGAGAUACACCAGGUGUUCUGCCAGGUGAAGAGGCACGAGCACCUGAGAUAGCCUUGGACCCCGGCUCCCUAUUCUGGCUCGUAGUGAGGCGGCUCUCAGUGGGGAUGCAGGCAGGAGGUGGUGGAAGGUUCUUGGAAGGAGCGCAGGCGAUGGUGUGUGUUGUGGACGGCAGCAGCAGUGCAGAGCCCCAGGUUCAGCGCAUCAGGAACGCGGUUGCAUCCCUCCCACCGUCUCUCGCUCCCAUCCCCCUGCUGCUCCUCGUCCUGCCGCCCCAGCCAUCACCCACACCAGCAGCACCAGCAGCACCAGCAGCAGCACUCGAUUGUGCCGCCACAGGCCCCUGCGCCCCUGUGCCAGUCCCCGCCUCAUUCGCCUCCCUCACUGUCUCCCAUUUCCAGCCCCCCUCCUCCCCUCCACCACCCCCCCAGUCAGCUCACCCGCCCUCCCAGUCCCCUCCCCCGCCGCCACGCCUCUCUGCCCUCCGAAUCCUCCCUCUAGGACGAUCUACAUCCCCCACACCUGAUGAUGUGUCCUUUCCUGAUUGGCCCGCCAAGAUAGCCCUGACAAGUGGACUGUGCUGGUUGGCUGAUUCCUCCCCAAUGCCACCUCAGCUUGCUCCAAUCCACCUCCGCGACCUCGUGAUUCGCCACCUGUCGCCACGUGUUACGCGGCUAUUGGCCGUGGACCCAUCCCUGGUGCGCCCGCAGGAGUGCAUUGGAGAGUUCAACGCCAGCCUGGAUUGCGCAGCCAAUGACAUCGCGACAGCUGUCGCGGCCUCACCCUCCUCCAGUGGCAACCCUUUGCCUGAGCUGGCUGCUGUUCUGCAGCUGGUGCAAGAGAGCAGAGGCGAAAAUAGGCGAGGAAGCCAAGGGGAAGACACAGUAGGAAGCAGGAGCAGUGAGGGUGGUGACAGGAGAAGCAAGGAGGGUAGUGAAGCUCUUGAGGCAGCAGCCAGAGUGGCAUCUCUACUAUCCGCCUCCAUGUCCCCCGAGGGGUGGAACACCCUUGCCCGCACCUCCCACCUCACCACCGCCCUCUCCUCCCUCCACUUGCCGCAAUUCCCCGCCCUCCACCUCUCCUCCUCUCACUCCCUUCCCGUCGCCACCCCCUCCUCGUCCCCCUCGCCCUCCCCAUCCCUCCCCCCCCACCUCUCCUCGCUUUCCCCCCAGCUGGCCCCACUCUCCUCCGCGCUCACCUCCUUCCUGCGCCUGGUGCAGGGCGCCCAUGCGCCCCCUGUGCUGCUUGGGGAGCACGUGCAGCAGCUGCUGGCCGAGGGGUGCGGAGUGGUGUGGAGGAGUGGGGGGGAACUAGGGGAGCAGAGGGGGCCGAAGCAGCAGGGGAGAGGAUGGGAGAGAGGGGGGAGCAGAGAGCAAGGAGGUGUGGGGAGUGAGAGGGGUGCAGGGCGGUUGUGUGCGGUGCCUGUGUGGCCUCGGAUUCUCCUCCCUGUGUUCACCCGUCGCCUCGAUGCUCUCUUCACAGACCCUCCCCUCACUGCCUUGGUCCUCGCCCCCGCCGCUCCUCAAAUGCCUGCUUCUCACUCUCUCACUCCCUCUGCUCCACCUGGUGCUGUGGGAAUCGCAGCUUUUGGAGAGGACAUGACUAUGGCAAGCGAUGCGGUGGCAAGUGGUGUAGUGGGUAUCGGUGUGGUGGAAUUGGUCGACAACAUGCUGCCUGUGAGUGCAGUAACGAGGGUGGGAGGGCCCAUGGGGACUGGCAUGGGAGGCAAGCGCAUGCGCAGUGGCAGCGCAUGGAUGGGCGGCGCUGCUGUAGCGAGUGCAGGUGAUGGUGCUCUCGAGGACGAGGCAGAGGUAGAGGGGGAGGACGAGGCAGAGGUAGAGGGGGAGGACGAGGUUGCAACAUUAACGGAGCUUCCGCCGUUGCUUGCAGCAGCACCAGCACCAGCAGCAGCUGCUGCUUCCAUACCUUACCGAGGUCAUCCUAGCAGCAGAGUGUGGCAUGCUGGCAACGUGCCAAUCCCUGGACUGCCCACUUCCAUCAACAUGCUCCGCUCCUCCGCCCCUUCCUAUGCUGCCGUUGCUGCCCUAGGCCCUCGCACCUCUCGCACCACAUCUCACCCCCCUCCCUCCCCUUCUCCCUCCCCGCCUCCGCCUCUGCUGCAGCUCCCCCCUCCAUCCACCCAUGCUGCACCCAUCAGCUCCCAUCCCAAUCCCAAUCCCCCACACCCCAAUCCCUCACUCUCGCACCUGUCUCAGACCUCACAGAACCUGACCUCUUCUCUCUCCCACCCCUCUCAACGCCUCUCAGCCCCACUCCUGCCGUUACCAUCAUACACUCAUGCGGGCCCUACCCUCCCUGGGCGAACCUCCCUCCCCCUUUACAAGCCCGGCUCUCACUCCCUUUAUAAGCCUGUUCCUCAGCACGCAUGGGAGCGUGGCCUUCAAGUGAAGCGCAAGGCACCAACGAGUGCAUGGGGUGGAGGGGGUGAGGGCGAUUGGAGAGGGGAGGUGAUGGAAAGGGGAGGGGUGGAGAGGAAAGGAUCUGAGAGAGGAUGGAGAGAGAGAGAGGUGAGGGAGAGAGAAGGGAAAGGGGCAGAGCAGUGGCUCGGCCCAGGAGGCAGCAGGCUGAGGCUGGCAGAGGCUGAUGAUCUGGUGGCCAAUGAGAUGCUGCCACGUGGCAUUGUACGAGCUGCGGAUGUGCUAUAUGCAAGUGGUCUUGGUGAGGGUUUUCCUCAAGUUGGCCAAGCUACCCGCUUAGGCAGCCGAGCUGCCAAUGCCGGGGAGAGUGUUGCGGGUCUCAGUGAUGGUGCUCUCAGAGGGGUUGACGGCGCUGAUGCUGGUGACCGGGCGGGAGGGUUGUUGGGUGCAGGUGCAAACGAGCGAAGAGUGAAAGAGAUGGUGGAAGAGUUAAUGAGAAGUAGACAGGCGGUAGCAUGAUUGUGAGUAGCAUCUUAUUUUUUAGGGAAUCUUGGUAGAGGAGAUGAUUCCUACAUGUUGCAACGCUGGCACUGGCUUGCCAGAUUCUCAGGGCAGUUUAGCCUACGUUAACUGAGCAGGCUGGUUCUGCCCAGAGAAAUGUCAACUUAUACAUAUUAUCUAUGUAGAAGUUAUAGGCUAGACUGAGGAAAAUUUUCCUGAUUCAGGAAAAAAACAGACCCCGUUGGCGGGCCGGUCCUGAUUGCGUAGGGUUUUUUUUGUUCGGCAUCCUGUUUUUUCAGCGGUUUUUUUGUAGUGAACUCUGAUCACUCCGCAUGGUUUAUGUAACGCGUCCUGAAAUUUCU